UGACAUGUUUUGGGUCAUUCGAUAUCAUCAGAUAUCAUCCGGUUAAGUUUAGAUUUAGAGUGUUUUUUAACUUAUUUCUUGGUGCAAGAUUAGAAUAAGUAUUGGAUCUUUGAUGACUAUGUUGCUGGUUGGUAAACGGACCUUAAUGAUGCUAUGCAGAUUCUCAAACACGUUGUUCGGGUCUACGGUCGCAUCCAGGACUAAAGCGACUGGCUACAAUCGAAGGCCUGUCAUCGGCUCACUAUUCCAAAGGAAGGAAAAAUACAAAUCCAUCCCCAUGCUUCAUCGCUGUAUGCACAAUCAAGAAGAUACCAACAAGACCCCAAAGUCAAUCGAAACUGACCCAUACAUACUGCUGAAAGAUGAUCUGGAAUACAUCUACGAAGAUAUCCGGCAGGAACUAAAUCGUGCGACAACCCAUAUAGAGCUCAACAAAAUGGCGACAUAUUACUUCGACGGACAGGGUAAAGCAUUCCGGCCGAUGGUUACAAUACUGAUGGCGAAGGCACUGAACUACCAUAUCGGCAAUGAAAAUAAGAACAUAUCCAACGCUCAACGACAGAUAGCAAUGGUUUCGGAGAUGAUUCACACCGCAAGCCUGGUGCACGAUGACGUGAUCGACCAGUCGUUUGCUAGACGAGGCAAACCGAGUGUUAACGUGUUGUGGAAUCACAAACAGUUGGCACUGGUCGGUGACUUUAUUAUAGCCGUCACAUCGAUGCUACUGGCCCGCCUAAAGCAUGAUGAAGUAACACUGAUAAUCAGCCAAACCUUAACAGAUUUGGUACAGGGCGAGUUCAUGCAACUGUACUCGGCGGACACGGAAAACGACCGUUUUGCACACUAUUUCACGAAAACGUACAGGAAGACGGCCUCCCUGAUAGCGAACUGUUUGAAGGCCGUGGGUGUACUGUCCGGUGUGGACAAACAUACGGUAGAGCUAAGCUAUCAAUAUGGACGUAAUAUUGGACUCGCCUUCCAGCUCGUCGAUGAUCUGUUGGACUUUGUCUCCAGCUCGGAAGUGCUGGGUAAACCGGUAGCGGUCGAUCUGAAGCUCGGUCUUGCCACUGCUCCGGUACUGUUCGCUUGCGAGGAGUUCCCCGAGCUGAAUUUAUUGAUUCAUCGUCGCUUCCGUGAACCGGGAGAUGUUGAGCGAGCCUUUGAAAUGGUACAUAAGUCACAGGGUUUCGAGCAGACACGCUUCCUUGUCCAAAGACACUGUAUGGAGGCUCGCCGAUUAGCAUCUCUGCUUUGUGGAUCUCCUUAUCAGAUGGGUCUUAUCGUGGUUAGCGAUAUGAUCCUUAAACGGAUGAAUUAGAACAGUGUAGACCCGUAAGUAGAGUCAUCGAAAUACUUAAAUACUAGUCAUGUUUAGAUUUUGUUCUCCCCAACUACAUUAACCUCCUUCGCUAUUCAGUGGAUGCUCUACGUUGAAGGUAAUUAAAUGGAGUUGAUGAAGUUUGGUUUAAUUUUCUCCAUUAUUGCUACCAAAUUUGCACUUACGAUCGUUAAAAGAAAUGCAGAAGCGAUACGGAUCCUUAUUCCUCAUUGUGCAACCCACAUCAACAUCAACAAUUUUCGUUCUUAAUUGUAUUUUUACGCGCCCAAGCAUAUCUGCAAUGGCAGCGAUUCGGUAUGGUAGAAAAAUGUAUACCAAUCAUUAUGUCCGAAGAAUGUCGAUCAUUAACAUGCACCGGGCUGUAAUGGUAUAAAGUGUAAACCUCACGCACUCCGGUUUUAUUAGCCAUUUUCUCAGCCUUUGUCUAUCUUUCUCAUUUUCCCAUUCUUAGAAAUUUGUUAGUUGAUCGUUUGAGCGAUCUAGUUUGACGCCAAUGCCAACGGUUCCAUUGACCAAUCCGUCUGUUUAGGCGAGCGUCAAGCAGCGAAACCCAUCUGCCUGUGGAGAUCUCUACAAUCAAACGGCGGGGGGAGUCUGUUUGAAUUUUUCCUUUCCUUCCCAUCCCGUUUGCAGUGGCGUUUCCCAAUUAGAGUGGCCCGAAGGUAAGAAUGCACUACCGAAUCGGUGAGCCCUUCAGGGUGGGCUUGCAUUUCGUGGAAUCGGUAGGUGUGGUGUAACCACCGUGAACGUGUGGCAUCAAAGUACUUGUAUACAAACACAUAAACGCACAAACAUACACACUCGUAAAUAUAUCCAAGGAUCGGAUCGCAUCUGGUUCAUCCUCUGGAUAGUGUGGAAGACUGAGAUCGGAACGAAGGGCACCGCCACUAACCGCAUAACCGCUUAAACCAACUCGAUUUCCGAUGCGCUCACUGUGUCCUCCCGAACAUGUAACACAGUGCGGAAUGUUGUGGACAAAAUGUUUCAUUAUUUUGACAAAGAUCUGUAAGGCGUUAACUAAACCAAAGAUAAUUUAUUGUUAGCUUACAAUUGGAUUUGAAUUAGGUCGAACUGAUGCAGGAAAUUUCCAGUGAUAGAAAAAGUUAUAAGAUAAGUUUUUUUGGAUAACGUUGUGCCAUAAGAAAAUAACAAUUGAAAAAAUUACCAGAUUACCUGAAUAAUGACGUUCCUUCUUUUUUUUGACACUACAACUUGACGAGGUCCUUCCCAGCCAUUCUUAGGUUUCUUUAACUUUAAUGGCCCUCAUCGAGAAAAUCAGUUGAUUUGUUACAUUAACUCAUUCUGCGUUUAGUGUGAUUCCAAUUGGAUCUCUUAUCCUUUCUAACAGGAAAAUACCAAAUAAUCUAAGAAUCAAAAAACUUUGAUAGCACAAUAAAGACACAAAGAUCUAGUUUAGAGUAGUAUCAACAAAUAGUGUAACGUAAACAAAUUUAGAAUGAAAUAUCAUCUUAUUAAUAUUUAUAAGAAGAAUAAAUAGGAGUGAUUUACCCUACAAAAAUGAAAGACAAAAAUAUCUGUGAUUUAUUUGAUUUUAUUUUUCACAUUAAAUUAUAUUAUUUCACUAAAUCAUCUUUAAUGUUCCAAAUUUUAGAUACUUACACAUUCAA